AUGGCUUCUUCAUCUGGGAUGGCCGCCCCUUCGUCGAGCCAGAGUGCAGAGCGGAAAGCGACGCCAUCUGGCAUUGAGACUCGAGAGGAGUUGUCUGGCUCUGAGAAGCUGCAGAAGGCCAGCAUCUUCUUGUCGGAUAAGAGGUCCGAGUACUUGAGAGAGUUGAAGGCACUGGUUGCGGAUCCUGGGAAUCGUGACUCGGACGAGAAGGUUACGCACUUCUACAGGCUGAUUGAGGAGCUGGCGUGGGUGGACCAGGAUCAGGCAUUUGACAUCUACAUGCAGUGGUGUCUGCAGAAUCCAAAUAUCCGUCAGCAGAAGCUUAUCCUGGGCCUGAAUUGCCUUGCGACGGCGUACGUGCUGAGCGUGAUGUACCUGGACGGCGUGAAGCUGGGCGACGUGCAGGCGACGAUCGGGGGCAUGUUCACCGCGGCCUUCUUCAUGUUCCUCUCCAACGCCAAGCCCCUCGAGACGCUCUCCCGCGAGCGGCCGCACCCCAACAUCUUCUCGCUGUACGUCAUCCUGUCGUUGCUGGGCCAGUUCGCCAUCCACAUCACGUUCCUGAUCACGGCCGUGCGCGGCGCGACCGCCUACAUGCCGGAGCAGUGCAUCGAGCCGGACUCGAGCUUCCACCCCAACCUAGUUAACACCGUCUCGUACAUGGUCAACAUGAUGAUCCAGGUGGCAACUUUUGCGGUGAACUACGUGGGCCACCCGUUCAACGCGAGCAUAACUGAGAACAAGCCCUUCUACUACGCGCUCCUCUCAGCUGGCGUCUUCUUCUGGGUGCUCACGUCGGACACCAUUCGGCCCCUGAACGACUACAUGGAGCUCGUGCCCUUGCCCCGAGAUUUCGGCAACAAGCUGCUGCUCAUGUCCGCCUUGGACUUUGCGCUCGCCUAUUGUUUGGAGAGGGUGCUUCGCAAGCUGCUCCCGGCCAAGAUACCAAAUAGUUACAAGGGCCAGUCAAGUAAAGCGGAUAGACAUUUGCUCGAGGCGAAGAAAAUGAAUCAGCAAGGACCAUUUAUGUACGGAGAGCCGGGCCUGACGAACAGCUAA